AUGAUGGAGGGAGGUUCAAUCUAUUUCAUCCAAAAACUGAACACUGGAGCCAACACAAUGGAAUAUUGGAUUUUUCUGAUGGUUUACUGUAUUCUGGCAUUUUUCCUUAUUUCCUGCUGGCAGUAUUAUAAUAGCCGCUUGGAGAAACAGGCAAAAGUGGCACUUCCAUACCCUAUACCAUAUUGUCCUGGGACCAGAUCACAAUCAUAUUCUGUGGUGAAUAAGACAAAACAACAAGAUGAUGUCAUUGCAGAAAUCAGCUGUAGCUAUGGUGAAGUGUGGCUAGCUAGACAUAUCAAAGACAGAAAACAGUAUGUUCUGAAAAAGAUCAACUUGAAAAGUGCAUCUGACAAAGAACGAAGGGCAGCAGAACAAGAAGCUCUUCUUCUGUCAAAGUUAAGGCACCCCAAUAUUGUGACAUACAAGGAUUCAUUCCAGUCUGGUGAGCGCCAUUUGUACAUUGCUAUGCAGUACUGUGAAGGUGGAGAUUUAUAUACAUGGCUUAAAGAACGAAAAGGCAAAGUCCUUGAAGAAAGACAAGUAGUUGAAUGGUUUAUUCAAAUAGCCAUGGCACUUCAGUAUCUUCAUGAAAGAGAUAUUCUUCAUCGGGACUUGAAAACACAAAAUAUUUUCUUGACAAAGAAUAAGAUUAUCAAGGUUGGAGACUUAGGAAUUGCAAGAGUACUCGAGAACUCUAGUGACAUGGCUACAACAUUAAUUGGUACUCCAUAUUACAUGAGUCCAGAACUAUUUUCUAGCCAACCUUAUAAUCAAAAGUCUGAUGUCUGGGCACUUGGCUGCUGUGUGUAUGAGAUGACAACACUGAGACAUGCAUUCAAUGCCCGAGAUAUGAACUCCUUAGCAUUUAAGAUUCUCAGUGGUAAGCUGCCUCCAAUGCCCAAGCUGUAUACAAAUGAAUUGGUCAGCCUUAUACAGAGUAUGUUGCAUCAGGAUCCAUCUAAGCGACCAUCAGUAAACAAGCUUCUCAGGUUACCUUAUGUCAAAAGAAAUAUUGCUCUUUUCCUUGAAGAAACUCGACAAAAUCGCCGUCUACUUCCUCCAUCGCCAGGUAAAGCCCUGAAAUCUGUACCUACAUCGUCUUCCUCAUCACCCUCAUCAGUUCCUUCUAGCAGCAGCAACAACCGAGAAAGACGGAAAAAGAAACUAACCUCUGGUGAUGACCAGCUCGAUAGUGGAAGUGUCAAAGCAUGUUUAGAUAAUGAAAGUCCAAAUGAAGACAAUAUAAAGAGUCCAAGUGAUGAUGGCUUAGUCCACCCAGAAGAGGAACCUAAGUCUCCCCAACCAAUAGCUGCAUUUCCCUCUAGUGUACCCUCUGAGGAAAUUUUUGAGUCCCCCAGAUCCAGUGCCUCAUCAUCAUCCACGGAGUCCAGUUUAAAUGAGUCUUCAUCUACUUUGGCCAACAGUGAGAAUCAAACACAAGAUACAGUCAUUGCAAAUACUAUUGUACAGCAACCAAAAUUAGAAGAUAAACAAGUAAAAGUCCCAAAAAAGGAGCCAGUCAAAUCGAGAUCAUUGUCUUUUGGAAAUUCAGAAGCAUUAAGUGAACAUAUUUCUGUCAUAAAACCAAAGAAUUCUAUUGAGCGAUCACGUCCAUUACCGCCUCCUCCAAAAAUUGACAAUAGCAGUGGAGAACCCCAGCAUGGAAGUAGUAUUAUGCCUUGGUCUUCAUCAAGUUCCUCAAGUUCUAAAGAAUGCAGUGCCAAUCUUGGAGAAGGUGAAGCCCCAAAGAGCCUGCCAAAUGUCCUAGCACGUCAGAAAAGGCGAGCAAAGAAACAAUCUGCCUCUUUCUCACUAGAAAGACCUGAUUCAGCUAGAGUUGAAUUAAAACGUCCAACUGUCAUCCUAGCUCCAGCUAUUGUAAACCAUGAAAAACCGGUCUCAGCCGAAGAAGUUGCUGAUCCUAGAAGACAUGUUGUCUUACGUCAUAGGCAACCAUCAAUGUCUAUUGAAGAUGAUGAUGACAAUACUUCCCCAGAGGAAUCAUCUAAGGAGGCUCAAGACAAAGAAGACAAAGAAAUGAAAACCCUGGCAAAAUUUCUAAACACGACCCUCCAGAAUAAUGCCAGCAAAGGUUAUGACGAUAAAUCUGACGAUGAAUCUCGGGUGCUACCUGACUUUGACUCACUGCAGCAGCAACAUGAUCCAGCCAUUGCUCCUCUACCUCAACUUCAUGAAAGGGCAACAAAACCAACACCAAAAGCAGAAGAAUCUAAUAUAUACACAUUUCCAAGCCCUGAAACUUUGGUGCAGACUAAACGGCUUUCAGACAGAAUCAGUAUUCUGGAAAAAAAUUGUGAAGCUGGAAUUGGGAAGGAAGUACUCAAACAAGCUAUUGAAAUUCUUGAUAAAUUUCAAGAGGAGGAAGUGGAGCCUCAUCUGCAAAAAUUGUUAGGUGAAGAGAAAUUUGCUCAAUAUGCUGGCAAAAUCUGGCAGUUGAAAUUCUUUUUUUUCUUUCUCAACAAAGACAGUAGAAUGGUGAAACAAACAAUUCAGAUAUUUGCACGGAUUAAACCAACAAAAGCCAAAACUGCGCUGUUUGAAAUCAAUGAUGAUGCCAGCUCCAGUUCCAUUCUUCAGUUCAUAGUUCCCAAAGAUUUGGCUGGCGGUUUUGUCAACAAUAAGAAAGAAUCUUAUAAGUUUAAAUUCCAAAAUGUAUUUGACCAGAGUGCCAAACAAGAAACUGUGUUUAAUGAAGUUUCCCAGCCUGUUAUUAACAACGUUUUGGCUGGGUACAAUGGCACUAUAUUUGCAUAUGGACAGACUGGCAGUGGCAAGACAUUUACAAUCACUGGAGGAGCCGAGCGAUAUACAGAUCGUGGAAUCAUCCCAAGAAGUUUGUCCUACAUAUUUCAGCAGAUUGAAAAGGAUCGAGAUAACACGUAUACAGUCAAAAUUUCUUAUUUGGAAAUUUAUAACGAAGAUGGUUAUGAUUUGCUGGACCCCAGACACGAAGCUGCAAAACUUGAGGAUUUGCCUAAAGUACACCUGAUGGAAGACACUGAUCAGAACAUCCAUUUAAAAAACUUAUGCCUGAUGACUGCUACCAAUGAAGAAGAAGCCCUAAAUCUCCUUUUUAUAGGGGAUACAAAUCGAAUGAUAGCAGAGACCCCCAUGAACCAAGCAUCCACUCGUUCACACUGUAUAUUUACAAUUCACUUGAUUUGUAGGCAAGUUGGAUCAGCCACCAUUCGUAGGUCAAAGCUUCAUCUAGUAGACCUGGCAGGAUCUGAGAGAGUAGCCAAAAGUGGUGUUAAUGGAUUGUUAUUGACUGAAGCCAAAUAUAUCAACUUAUCUCUACACUACCUGGAACAGGUAAUUGUUGCAUUAUCAGAAAAGAAUCGUUCACAUAUUCCUUACCGAAAUUCAAUGAUGACUUCCGUGCUGAGAGACAGCCUUGGAGGUAACUGCAUGACAUCAAUGAUUGCCACUUGCUCAGUAGAAAAGAAAAAUAUUGAUGAAUCCAUUUCAACAUGUCGUUUUGCUCAAAGAGUUGCACUUAUCAAGAAUGAUGCUUUAGUAAAUGAGGAACUUGAUCCAAAUAUUGUGAUUCUUCAGCUCAAGAAUGAGAUCACUCAGUUAAAGGACGAACUUAUGCUCACAACAGGACAGGAACGGACAGACAAACUCACUGAUGAAGAGAUUGAUGAGUGUUCAAAGUUAGUGAAUGCAUUCCUUGAUGACAAAGAUCCAGAAGCAGUCCUUUGUGUAGGAGCAGACAUUCGCAAAAUACAAAAAUGCUUCAAUAUAUUCAAGAAAUUAUUAGAAGAGAAAACCUCCCAGAUUUCUGUACAGUCUUCUAAUUUCCAAGCUGAUAACUGUUCAUUAUUACAUCCUCAAGAUCAAGAUGUCUCUCCAUAUUUCUCAGCAGAACAAGAGAAACUCAAGAAUCUCCUUAUACAAAGAGAUACGGAAAUCAAUAUUUUGGUAAAUAUGCUGAAAAAAGAGAAAAGCAAAAAUUCUGACAUCCAACAAGGACGACAUCAUCACACAGUGAGUCAAGGAGAAUCCCUUGAUUCCUUGAUUAGCAAUAAUUUGAGCCAGGGAUCAACUGGCAAAAGUCGUGAUAGUGGAUCUGCAGAGGAGGAGAGAAAAUGUGUUCAAGGCGUUGAUGCCUGGGUUCAGCAGAACAGUGUCAGUCACCAUGUGGCAGAAAAGAAAACUCAAAAACUGAUAUCAGUGGGGCCCAUGUCCAUGGGACGACAGGAAGCUUUUGAAAUUUUUUGCCAAGAUUAUUGGAAUAAUAAGUCCAUUGAAAGCAAGAAACAAAAUCUCAAAAAAAGUUAUGCUGAAGCGAAACAUCUUGGGGAACAAGUGAAUGAGUCAAGAAUGAAAAUUAAUCAAAUAAAGAUUAAAAUUGAACAACACAGAGUUCAGCUUGGCUUACAAGGAAUAACAGAUCCCAAGAAUUUGGAAUCAGACUUGGAAGAACAAAACCUUCGGGAAAAAAUUGAAAUAGAAAAGAAACGAUACAAAGACAACUUUAAUUCCCUUCGGAACUUGAAGACAACAAUUGAACACUGCCAACAUUUGCUGGAGAAGGACAAAGUUCAGUUAAUGAAAGAUUUUGAAGUUUGGUGGGCAGAACAAAUGAAUUUGGCACAGCAACAAAAUAAAGAAAAAAGUGCAGACCAUAAAAUGGCAGCCUGGGAUCAACUUCCCACUCCAUCUUAUAAUCAGCAGUCAGUGUAUAAACAGUCUUCCAUCACAUCGCUUCCCAUGUCAUCAUCCUCUUCUGUCAACUCCAACCAUUCACAUAUGCUUUCGAAGAAAACGUCCUCAUCACAAAGUCACACUUCUUCACUUUAUGGUGGCUUACCUCUGACUGGAGAUGCACAAGUGGAUGCUGACAUUGAAGCAUUCGCAAAAGCCAGACAAAGCUUACUUCAGAAGCAUUCCAGUAUCAAAUGA